AUCCAUUCAUCCAUCAUCCAUCAUCCAUCCAUCCAUUCGUCCAUUCGUCCAUCCAUGCCGACUUUUCACAGCAGACAGAUCUGUUCCUCACUCUCAUCCUCCUCUUCCUCACAUAUGGUGCAGUGACAUGAGAUGAAGAUGGAGCGAGACAUAAGUACCACCAGAGGAAGCUCACGUAACACUAGUGGUACACGUGUACCACAGUUUGAGAACCAUGGCUUCAAGCUGUACUGGUGGGAAUGGUAGGAAUUACGAGGCUGCAUGAAGGCAACAGCAGCCUCACACACACACACACACACACAACCGCAGGAUGAAGGAAGGAAGAGCGGAGCAGCAGAGCAGCAAAGUAAGCUCAUAAUCCUCCAUCUGCUCUCAGGAAGGCGCAGCUUUGGUCACCUGAGCAGAGGAGAAGCACGAGGACAGACAUGGAUAGUUGUGUCAUGUGACAGCUGUCGUCGUGUUUGGACAAACUGAAGAUCCAGCCUUUGUUUCUCUGUUACUUCCAUGUUUAUCUGCAUCACCAUGUUGAAGUGCACUCUGGUUUUAAGUUUGAUUCUCGCGGUAGUUUCUCGGAUCAUCGGGGAGCCGCAGACUCUUCCCUCUGUCGCGCUGCACGUGAGCUCCACACCGUCCUCCUCCAUCAUCAGUGACCGCGAAGGCACGAACGUGACAGAUGCUGCUGCGCUGGGAUCUCACGUGUCAUCAUCCUUCAUGACGCAUCUGCCCGCGCUGAAAAACAUCGUGCUCUUCAUCUGCGUGUUAACAGCUGCUCUCAUCACGUGUCUGCUCACCAGAGUGCUCAGAUCUGGGAGAAAGAUCAGAAAAACACGGAAAUAUGACAUCAUAACAACACCAGCAGAGCGCGUUGAGAUGGCUCCACUGAAUGAGGAGCAUGACGAUGAGGAUGACUCCGUUCUGUUUGAUGUCAAAUACAGGUGAAUUCCAGCGUUGACGUCAACAUCUGUGUGAUCUCCUGUAUUCAGUGACAUGAAAUGCUACACGUGCAUGCCUUUGAGCCGCAUGGAUGUCAUCGUUUGCUGUUUCCUGUCGUGACUUCUCCAAAGUCAUUCAGCUGUUACGGUGGAGUUCACUCGUCUUCACAAGAAUUCAUUUAACAUUUUAUUCUUUAGACUUUCUCAAGGUUCAUGUUCCAAAUAUUGUUUUCUUUUGAGCUUAAGCCAAAAAGUAUGUUGGUCUGUACAGUUUCUGUAGCCUGUGAUCCGCCUCUCUGUGGCCUCGGAAAUCAGUCGUCAGUUGAGCAAAAACAUGCAAUAAAUAUUGUGAAAAGACCGUUUUCCAGUGUAAACAUGGAUCAUUACAACGUAACAGCAGAUAUACAGUAUCUUCAUCUACUAAGCACUUUGUUGUGGGAAGUCUUUCUGUGUCGUUUUACUUUCCUAUUUUGCUGCGAUCUCUGGUCAUUUUUCAAAUGUUGAUAAAAACUUCAUCAUCAGUAUAUAUUUCUAUUGUAUACAAGUGUAAAGUAUUAUUAUUAUUAAAUUAUUGGUAAGCCAAACAUGCUGUGAAUGUGAAUGCUGCAGUGUAUCAACAGCAUGUGCUGUCAAAACACUCAAUGACAGAACAUCCCCAUCAUAUUUAACAUGAUCCCUGUUACACACGUGUGGUAAAGAGUCUCUCCAGUCAUUUGGUGCAACUUUGAAUAUUAAAAGAAACCACCACGUCAUUUUCAUCAA